AUGGUGGUGGCCACCAGCAGCACCCCCCAGCCAGCAGAGUCAGGCGAGGCCCAGGCUGUGCAGGCCGAGGCGGAGGCGGUGGAGGACGAUGAGAACAAUAAGCUGACUAUGAGUGAGAAGCUGGCUCUGUUUAACAAGCUGUCCCUGCCAGGGAGCCAGGGGGACGCCUCUCCUGAUGCCCCCUCAGAGAGACGCAGGCAGAAGGGGGCACGCUACCGCACACAGCCCAUCACAGUGGAGGAGGUCAGCCUGCUCCAGAAAGGCCCCAUCCAACUGCCCCCGCUGCGCCUGUCCCCCACCCUCUCCGACCGGCAGCAGGAGCAGUCCAUCAAUCUGAGGCCCAGCGAGGUGCGUCAGGCCCAGCCUCGACCCGGGGCCGACGUGGAGCCUACCACAGGACCUGACCCGUCCCAGCAGGGCCUGCAGCAGCGCAGGGACUCUGAGCCAAGAGAGAUCAGAGGCAUCCUGAGGAAGAGCGCCUCUGGAGGACCAGUAUGGGACCGAGACAGAGACACUAUGUGGGAGAACAGACAGCAGGACCAGAACGGAGGAGGUGAGAGGGGCAACGAGGUGGAGGAGAGGAGGGCAGAAAGACAUGAUAAUGUACCAGUGCCUUGUAGAGAGAGACCAGCCUCCUCUGCCCCCUGGAGACAGAGGAACAGGAACAGGAGGGAGACGGUGGCCGUGUGUGGCCCAGCCAGUCACCCCCAGGAGGAGAGGCCUUCCCUGGCUGAACAGAGAAAGCAGAUGGACCCCCCUGGGAACACCUCUGGGAGAGACAGGCUGUCAGAUGCUUCCAGGGAGGAGGAAGAGGAGGAGAGGGGGGGCAGGGUGAGAAGAGACACUCCUCCCAGACAACACGUCCAGGUGACCUUGGCGGACCAGAGGAAGACCAGCUCUUCCUAUGAGGCCCAGGAGGUCUCCUCUCCUACCCAGCAGACUAGACCAGUAGAAGCGGAGGAGCUGCCACAUGCGUCGGUGGCUGAGCGCAUGAGAACCCUACAGGAGAGUGAGGAGCAGUGGAAGACCAGAGGGAGAGGAGCCGCCAACGACUCAGCCCAGUACACUGUGGCUGGACGCAUGGCGAAAAGAGGUUUGGUGACCCCUGUAUCAGACAUAGACGAGACCCCUCCAUCUCACACUAAGAGACCAUCCACAGGAGCCACAGCAACAGCAUGCCCAUAUGAAGAGAUCUCCAGUCACCCUGGGAUGGAGGUGGAAGAGGACACAAAGCUGGACAAACUGGAUUCCAUUGUGGACAGGCUGAAUACCGCUCCCCAGGACACGCCCCUGGAGGUGACCUCAGUGGGGGUGAAGGAGGUCAUGACCCCUGAUGACCAGGAGACGUGUGGUGGUUUCUACAGGGAGGUGUCUCCCCACUCACCCUCUGCCCUCCCUGCUGGGGCUGGAGCUGCCACUGGAACGGACCCAGAACAGGACCUAAGUGCCCUUUGUCAGACCAACACACCCAUGCUGACAUCAGAAGUAGCGCAGCACAGGCGGUCGGUGCGUCCGUCCCGUAGGACCCAGGGCUCCCGGAACCCUCUGCGUGCUCUGGCGGCCCGCGAUGACAUCAGACAGGACUUCAUGGGAGAGAGAGUCACCAUGGCUACCGUGAACACUAACAGGACACAAGUGGAGAAGAGUCUGGCCAGUACAGAGGACUUCAGUAACGUCCACCUGCGUGAUGUCACUUCCACAGAAUCAGUGAGGAACAGCAACAACCUGCCCAUCAGCAACCUCAUGCUCAUUCACAUCAAAGGUUGGCAUCAUGUGCAAGUGCGUCUGGUGGAGCCCACAGCCAGGUCUCUGAACAGUGGAGACUGCUUCCUGCUGGUCACACCCACUCACUGCAUCCUCUGGAGCGGAGAGUUCGCCAACACCACAGAGAAAGCCAAGGCGUCAGAGCUGGCAUCGUUGAUCCAGACACAGGGGGACCUGGGCUGCCUGGCCUGUGGGGUCAUCCACCUGGAGGAGGGGGUCAAUACUGACAACAGCCUGGCCUCUGACUUCUGGAACCUUCUGGGAGGAAAGACACAAUACAGAGGGGCGGGAGCCCCAGAAGAGGAUGAGCUGUAUGAGAGUGGGGUGGUGGAGUCUAACUGUUUGUACAGGCUGGUGGAGAACAGACUGGUGCCUCAUGAGCAGGCCUGGGCAGCCAUCCCUACUGUCUCCCUACUGGGAUCCACUGAGGCCCUGGUGUUUGACUUUGGCAGCGAGGUGUACCUGUGGCAUGGGAAGGAUGUUGCCCCUGGCGACAGGAGUGUGGCUGUACAGCUGGCCCAGCAGGUGUGGGGUGGUCCCUACGACUAUAGCAACUGUAGGGUCAACCCACUGGACCCCACACACUGCAACCCCAGCAUACAGCCGCAAGGUGAAAGACGGCCCAACUGGGCCCUGUUUGGCUGUGUCUCUGAGCACAAGGAGACAGCCCUCUUCAGGGAGAAGUUUCUGGACUGGGCUGCAGAUAAGGAGGAGACCGCUGCAAUGGUGGUAGAGGAGGCGCAGACUGCCAUGCCAGUGGGGCCCCAGCAGAGUCCCCUGCCCCAGCAGCAGAUAGAGUGUGUGUCUCUGUGUGCGUGUGAUGCCAAGGCACUGGUGGCAGGGCAGGGGGUGGCGCUGCCAGGGGACGGGGUGGUCCCCACAGUCCUGGAGGGGGUGGACGUUCAAAGGGGGCAUGGGGUCGUACCCCUGGAGGACGGGCGGCAGUUGGAACUGAGCACUGUUGCCGUGGAUACCUGGCACAUUCAGGAGUUUGAGGACAGCGAGGCCCAGCUGGAGAGCCCAGGGCAGCUGCAUGAAGGAGACACAUACCUGGUCCGCUGGACCUAUACUCUCAGCCCAGCGGAUGAAAGCGGGCAGCCUGGGAGGGAGUGCUCUGCUGUCUUCAUCUGGCAGGGCCGGCACUCCAGUAUCAAUGGGCGAGGCGCGUCUGCACUCAGGAGUCAUGAGGGAACACAGGUGAUGGUGCCUCAGGGGCAGGAGCCUCCGUGUUUCCUUCAGCUCUUCCAGGGAGGUCUGGUCAUCCACAAAGGCUGCCGAGCGGACACCACCAACAACACAGGGGUCUGGCGUCUGUUCUGUGUGCGUGGGGAGCUGCCUGAGGAGGCCAGUCUGUUGGAGGUGGACUGUAGCUGUGGCGGCCUGCGCUCCCGAGGUUCUCUCAUACUGCUCAACAGUCAACAGGGGGCGCUCUACCUGUGGCAUGGCUGUAAGGUCCACGCCAGCUCCCGGGAGGCGGGCAAGAGGGCUGUGGAGCGACUCACUCAGAUGUGCCCUCUUGAACUGGGCCUCAGCAGUGAUAGCACUUCGAGGGUGCAGGAAGUGGAGGAAGGGGCGGAGCCUGUGGAGUUCUGGAACGCUAUUGGGCAGCAGGACAGGAAGACCUAUGACUGCAUGCUACAAGAUCCAGGGAAGUAUAACUUCACGCCACGCCUCUUCCAUCUGAGCGCCCGUUCCGGAACCUUCCAGGGGGAGGAGCUGCAGAGCCCUGCACGGUUGCCAGGGGUUGUCAUGGCGAUGCCCUUUGUCCAGGAGAGCCUGUACUUUGUGCCACAGCCAGCCCUGUUCCUGCUGGAUAACUGUAUGGAGCUGUAUCUGUGGCAGGCAGGUGAGCCUGAGGACAGUCAGACCGCUGGCUCAGCCUGUAUCCGCUGGGCUAAUGAGAGGAGGUGUGCCAUGCAGACAGUGCUCCAGUACUGCAAAGAGAGGAACCCGAGGCGCCCUCUUCAGGCCUACCUCAUCCAGGACGGAGUAGAACCCCUCACCUUCACCAACGUUUUCCCUCGCUGGGAGAAGAGACCCACACCCACCACACAGGGGGAGGCCGGGAGGGUCAAGCUGACCUUGGUGCAGGACGCCCUGGCCCAGCUCAGUAAGACCCAGUACCCCCUAGAGGAGCUGCUGCAGACCCCUCUGCCCGAGGGAGUGGACCCCCAGCGCCUGGAGAUAUACCUCUCCGACAACGACUUCCAGACUAUUUUGAAGAUGAAGAGAGAUGAGUAUGACUCCCUCCCAAACUGGAAACAAAUCAGCCUGAAAAAAAGCAAAGGACUCUAUUGAAAACCUAAACAAACACAACAAGAUCCCAUUUUAUUUAUGUCAACAUAUCCUGAGGAGAAAAUGUUUUUGUAUUUUCUAUUUUUAAGAGAAUGCUAUUUUCUGGUCAGGUGAUGACAAAUCGUGUACAGUGUUUUCUUAGUAGCUGUAUUUAAGUUGUAUUUGUGUGUCUUCUUUAAGUAUGGUGCUUUAGGGCCUUAUUCGUUCUCAGACACUCGCUCUCGCUUGCAGAGAGACAAGACUGCCUAUACCUUCAAACAGAAGGACAACCAUCCGUAUCCCCAAUCAAUCAACUGGAUCCAUUUUCUUAUUCCUAGAGUUUACAUGAGUGUGCGGUUUUCUUACUGACUGUGGAUUCCCUCAGAAAUGUUAACUAAAAAGAAGACGAAACAGAAUUACACAUUUUCCUAUGAAACUUUAAUUUACCUGUACAAAUCAAUGGAGGAAAAAAAGAGAAAGGUGAAAAAGGCAGGAUAUAAGGUAACAUCACUAACGGACGGUGGGUGGGGAGGAGAAAACACAGGAGAGCUUACAUACAAAAGCAAUCAAUUGUAAUAAACAACGGAAACCAGGAAAAUAAA